GGGGUGUGUUUCUUGUCUUCCCAUACCCCGCCUUAGAGGUCCCGGGUUGAGAAGGGCCCCGCUCCCCGCUCCCCCCCCGGCGGAGUCCGGCAAGCGCCUGAAGGCGAGCCCGGAUGGCGGCCGCGUUUCCUCGGGGAAGGCGUAGCCGGUGGCUCCCGCCGCGCCCAGCACUUCCUGCGCCGCCCUCGCCGCCCCCCCCCGCCGAGGGCGGCCAUGGCGCGGCCGGCGGCUGCCUACGAGGCGGCGGUGCCAGCCCGCCCCGCCUGCGCCUACACCAGCUGCUACUGCGAAGAAAACGUUUGGAAACUUUGUGACUACAUCAGGAGUCGAGAUCAGUACCCUUUAGAAGAAUUUUAUGCUGUUUUCAUAUCCAAUGAUAGGAGGAUGAUUCCACUCUGGAAGCAGAAAUCGGGACGUGGAGAUGAGCCUGUUGUCUGGGACUACCAUGUUAUUUUACUUCAUGUUUCCAGCGGGGAGCAGAACUUCAUUUAUGAUCUUGACACAGUGUUGCCGUUCCCAUGUCCUUUUGACGUGUACAGUGUGGAGGCCUUUAGGUUGGAUGACAGCCUUCAUCCAGAAUUUCACAGGAAAAUCAGAAUGGUUCGAGCAGAUUUGUACUUGAAGACGUUUGCUUCAGACAGAUCUCAUAUGAAAGAUGCAAAUGGGAAAUGGCAGAAACCUCCUCCUUCAUACCCUUGCAUUGAAACAGCAGUUUUUUUCCCCUGCCUUUUCAGCAAACACUGGUUGUAGACUGAAAGACCUAAGAAAGCUGUACCAGGGAGUAGGAGGGAGGUGUGAAAAUCCCACCAUUACCGAGACACCGUCCAAGACCCAGGUGGUGGCUGUCCCCUGCGACUGGCACAAGCCAUGCUGCCAGAGGGGAGGACCUGCAGAGCAUCACUUCACACAUCGCCCAGCUGAGCAGAUGGCUCCAGGUUUAGUGGGGUUGCCCUCCUACGACACUUUGGAUCCGCAGGCUUGGAGAAUCUCAUUUCCUCUUGAGGUGAAACCUGUCUGGACAUCUGUCUCUCUUCAGGUAACCUGCUCAGAAACUUGAGGGAGGGAAUGCUGGUCAUUUUCUUCUCCCUUCUGGCUUCCUCCUUAUGCAGGAGUUGGCCCAGUUGAGGCCAAGGUUAAUGAAGCAUACCCAGAGAGUGAGUGUCUGGAGACAUCUGCUCACGUUUGCUCCGCAGCUGCGUGCACCCUUUGCCGUGGAGCUCGGCUCUCAGUGAAGGUUUUCAUUUGUGAUCAUGGAGUCAGAAGCGAAGCUCUCCAUACAAAUGCAGCCUUUCAACAAGUUAAGUGCAGCCACAGUAGUUGUUCUGGAAAAUCUCUCCAGUUUGACCUAAGAUAAACAAAUAUGGUUGCUUAAGUAUCCUCAAUGUUUCCUUAUACUUACAGUAGGAAAUACCUUGGAUACUGAGGGCAGCUAAACCAAAUCUUACUUAGUUAUCUAAGGCUUCUGGCAAGUCCCUGAGUUUCUGAGUGAGCUAAGCCACUUCCUAGGCAUGAAGUGUACCGAGCUUCAUUUUAUACCAAUAAAAAUAAGCAUUCAAAGGACCUGAGCUGUGAACUGUCACUCACAAAGUCUGAGUCAAGCAGCAUUGUUCACCUGAAGCUCAUUUUGAGUGUCUGGCGCUGGUGUAGUGGGAGAUGAGCAGGGUGUUUCCGAUGAGCUGGAUUCCUGACAUAUUACUUAAAAGCAGGAAAUGCUCAUUUGGCCUGGUUCAGCAUCAUACCGGCCUUCCCAUGCAAGACUAUAUCUGGAACCCAAACACUGCAAUAAAGCAGAAAUCAUUAUAUGUUAUUUUUUUUAAACAGCCUACACAGUAAGAAGUGGUAGUUAUCUCAGCCUUCCCUUCUUUUUAGCAUGCAAUUGUGGCGGCGUGCUUCCCACCAUCUCAGCUUGGCUGCUGAAAUGGCAGCACACCAGCUCCACGCUUGGAGCCAUCCCGAGAAAAUGUUCUGCUGCGGCUUUUAACCAUUUAGCUGUAAAGCUCCCUCUGCUUCCACUGUUUCUAACUGCUGGGGUGAAGCAAGGGUUUCCAGCCCUUGUUUAUAGCCAGUGUAAUCAGUUUGGCUAUUUAUACUGUACUCAUCACAGAGCACUUUGCUGUAUGAAAUGGUCAUAUGCUUAUAUUUAUACCAGUGCAAAAACAAAAGUCAUCACAAAUCGAGGAGGCGGCAUUCGGAGUAUUUUUUCCUUGCUACGUGAUGCUUUUUCUUUGGCAAUUCAAACUUUUAUCAGGCAAAGUCAUGCUCCUAGGAAGAAAGUACAGCCACUGUAAGUCAGGAAUCCCACUGGUGUUUAUCUGCACUUGUGUUUUUGUCUUGCGUGAAGUAAGUGCGACUACUUAGUCAAGUAGUUUCUACCAGCUGCUACCUCGGUAUGAAUAUGCAGCACUGCCAGCAAAGUCCAUAGAGUUGUCUUAGUACAGCUGAAAGCAGAGUUUGAUCUGCUCUGCCAGAGGUACUAAAAAUACCUUUUAAUAUGCUAAGGUAUGUGUCUGGCCAGAAGUUGUUUUCAAAUGCAUGGUUCCAUGGAGUUGCUACGAAGUAAACGGAGCCCGACCAGCUUGUUCCUGAGAUGCAAAACAACCACUGCUGGGACCGGCUGCAGGGUCCAGCCCCUCUCCUGGCUGUGGGGCACCAGCACAGUGCUCCCCCGGCCGUGUUCCCAGCAGUAGGUUAGGAAGAAUGGACUUGGGGGGGAUCUGCAGUGCCCUGUCUGCUGUGUUUGUCAGAGGUGUUUUACUGGGAAGAUUGUUUCCUUAAUCCUUGUUCUCAUUUAACUUAUUUGAUAAUUAUUAAAUAAAAAAGCCCAGGUUGGGGAUUUUUGAUAUCUGAAAGGCCAAGUGAGGGACUUGGUUCCCAGCAGAGAAGAGCCACGCACAGUGGCAGCACCCACUGCUCGCCAGCCUCUCCAAGCUCACACCGUGCACAGAGGUCAGAUCACGGAUGGAGGCAAAGCACGGAGGCAAAGCCCCAGCCUCCUCUGAGCCACUGCCAAAGGCUGCAUGAGCAGGGUGAAGCAGUUGCCCGCCCCGACGGCUGCAGAGCCUGAGUGGAACCUCUCUGCCGAUGCUCUCUGCAGCCUCGCUGCUUUGAACCGUGGCAGAAACCCACGGUGGUGGAAUGGCUCGGGCUAGCCCUGGCCAUGCAGGUGCAGGUCCCCAGCCCUUGCCGGGGCUACCAUGUUCCUGUCACUGUCACCAUGCAGGGGAAAUAUAGGCAGUUGAAAUGGCAGAAAAUUACCAUCCCACUGGGGAUGCUUGCUGGCUGUACAGAAAUCCUCAGAAAUGGGGAUUAUUUGUGCUCAUCCAAUGAGCAAAUGUCCUAACUUAGCAAGUGGAGUCCACGGCAAAAACCCAGACGUGGAGCUUGUCCAGCCUUGAGGCCAUCUGAGGUCCUACACGUGACAGAAGCGGACAUGUGGUGUCCAAAAGAGUUGUCACCAUCUUCUUUGUCACUUGGUCUUGCUGAGAUGGCAUCAUUGUAUCUUGCAAUAAGGUCCUCUGCCUUGCCUGCAUAGUGCAGUAGAGCCUGCUCCCAAAUAAUGUUGUCACUACUCGCUGCUGCUUAAUGCUGUUUAGAGAUUGAUCGAUGGAGCUCCAGCGGUAUGGCCAUCAGCACGGCUGGAUUAGCAAGUGGAAGCUUUGUUACUAGCUUUCUGUAAUAAAAUACCACUGUGCUGUGUACCUGCUAUACUGCGUGCUGUGGCAGGCAGGCUAGUUAGGGUUUCACUUCCAACUUAAGAAAAUGAGGGCAAAGGGUAAUAAAAUAUUAAGUGGGAUGCAAGAUCCCAGCUGAUGCAGUUCAUCUGGUAACCUGAGGAUGGGCUGGAGGUAAAAGUGGCUUCCUGAGAUACCUGAGAGGGUAUUACAGAAAAACACCAUGGCCACAAGAGGAGCUUUGGCAUUCCUCCAUCAGUUUCCAACACCAAGAGACUUCAAGGCUAACACGUGUGCUCAUGGAGAGGGACCAAAAUGAGGACCCUUGGAAUAGCUGUAUCCUUUUCUAUUCAGAUUUCCACCUCCUCCGUAAAUCAAACACCAUUUCUGGCUGCGUUAAGACUGUCAAGCAGGCUAUACUUACAUCAGGCAGAAUAUAUUCACAAAAAAAAAAAAAAAGGAGGUUUGUGAUUAAUGCAGACACAUUCCUUCCCCACCACAGGAUGAGCCAUGUCCUGAAGCCUCUCCCUCAAGCAAAGCUGCUGCUGACAAGAAAAUUAUUGCCCUCCCUUACACUACUGAGCCAGGCUUCUGAAAGACAGCCUUUAUUAAUUGUGUGUUUGUCUGCACGUGUGUGUCUGUGUGCCUCUCUAUGCAUACGUAUCUAGACGACUUCUUUCACAGCAGUGUGUUUUGCAGUGGGCAUCGGCUCCCAUGCUUGCCAAGCUCACCUUGGCAUUAGCAAUGAGCGAUGUUAAAUCAUUUCCUCACCGCUCCCAUUAGCAGUUGGCUCCUCCUGAGGAGGCCCCACAGCUUGGCUGCUGCUACCUGGCCAGGUGUAAGGGAUGCUGCUCCACUCUCUCUAUGGCAUGGCAUGGGCACGUAAAUCCGGAUAAAUUGAGGCCCUUUCCUUUCCAAGGGUCUUAGGCCAACAUUUUACAGGACUCCUAGUGGUUUUAACUCCCAUCACCCCCCACUUGCCCCCGUCCCAUACCCCUUUGCAAACAUUUAAAGAUGUUAUUUUUUUCUGAUCUAAGCCAUGCCAAAGCUUGGUUCCUUCAGAAGACAAACUGGCAGUGGAAACACUGACAAUUAUAUAAGCAAAUAUUGUAUUGCUUAAAAAACUUUAUUUAGACUGCGCCAUUGUGGGGGGAGUCAGUUUGUUGGCUGGUUUUUUUGUUUCUGGAUGGUGUUAAAGACGCCAUAAAAUUAGCUACGUAUUAUUCCAGUGAUUUGUACACUUCAUAGUCAUGUGCCUUCAAAGUUAAAAGCAAUCAUGAUAAAAUCAAGCAAAUAAAGAGUCCUCAGGAGGACCUAAUUCCUUUCCUCCAUGCUCCCAGCAGCCACCAAAGCCAACGGGGGUCCCGCGAGGGCAGGAGCAGCAGAGCCCAGGCUGAGCGGUGCAGAUGAUCCUUGGGAAGGCUUUGUUGCUCUGCCACAGGGAUAUUAAUGUUUCUGGCCAGCUGACAGUGUGUGUGGCGAGCCUAAACAGUUUGCUCCAGCAAAGAGUUGCAGGCGAGGGAGGCAAGUUGUGCAUGAGCUAAACAGGGUCCUCGCGAUAGUGCCCAGCUGGGUGAGGGCUGUCUCUGGCCAAGGGCUGUAGAUGCCAGUGGGACUAAACACAAAGGCUCGCAGCACCCUCAGGGAGAAGCGGACACGGGCAGAAGGAGAUGCAGCUGUCUGGGAGGACAGUGGUUUUACAGCGGGGCAGGAUGCUCACCUGGUGCCCCUGAUGGGGCUCCCAGCCGGAGUCCUGGCAGGGUUGAGAAAGGCUUGGAAAUACACCAUUGUGGGUAUGUUAGAGGGUCUGAGGAAACAGCUCAGAAGCAGUAUUGAAGAUUCUUGCAGUACUGCUUUUGAUCAUGGUGUGUUUUGCAUCCAAACAGCAGCCAUUUUCUUUCUGAGCAGACCCGCUGUUUGCACUAGUUCAGGCUUAAUUUGCGCUCUGGGAUCAUUGCAACAGGCUUCUGAAACUGGGCUCUUACCCUGUAUGUCAGUGGACAAAGCACUAUCGGUGUGCGGCCGCCUAUGGUAAGCAAGCCUUCAGGCUCUUACUUUCCUGAAGGGCCAAGAGGGGGAGUUUUGCAUUUUUGCAGUCUCUAAUUCAAAUAAAUAAUAAAUAAAUUUGUAAAUAUUUUAAAAAGACCUUGAGGCCUUAGGCAGCCUGAAGUGAAGGGGUGUAAGGUGCUGUUAUACCCAGGGUGGUUACAAACCUGCUCUGCCUGGCUCCAUGUGCCAGGGGGCGGGUGGCACACGGUGGCUUUUCCCUUGCAACUAUCGCACGUGCACGUGCAUGUGUGUGAAACCGAUUAACUUGGCUUUUCUUUUCUUGUGAAUGUUCAGCAUAAGCAGGGAAUAAAAAAAUGCAACUUUUCCGCAGGAACCAGAGGAAACAAGUUACUGCCUGGGUGUAACUGAGGGCAGAUUCUGGCUCAUUAUUUUCUGCGACAUGAUUCCCACGAGGUCUUAUGGAAACCCAGGGUGUUUUUUUCUUUCUCUUUUUUCUACUGCCUUGAACUCUCCAAAAUACUCUACUGUAACAUAUUUUCCCCAGUCACAUGUGUUAGUGAGGAGAGAAAAGGUUAAAUUCUCCUUUCGUACUAUAAUGUAAUUCAUUUCCUGUUUUUCACAACUGUCUAGACACAGAUCUAACGAGCAUUAACCCUGAAUCCCACCAUUGGGUUAAAAAUAGAGGCUUUAAAUAUAAAAGUGUGUGGUAAGAGAAAGAUUGUAGGUUUCUACCUACUGCCAGGAGCCAGUUCUUUUAAAGGAGAACCAUUUAAUUGUCUAUAAGCAAGAAAAAAACAAAUAAAAGGACUUCAGUUUCAGAGGUUUAAAAAGGCUACUUGUUGCUUUAUAUACACCGGCAGCAACACUGGUGCUGCUGUGCUGUGGUACAGACAGGUUGAUUCCCCUUCAGGAGUUUUACUUGUCUGGAUUUACACCUCCAGCUAUAUCCAAAAAAAGAAAUAAUAAAUUCCACUUCAUCAAGAGAGCUAUAAAAAGACCAGGAGAAAGUAAUUUAAGAGAUAACCCACGCUGAAAACUGUGGUCAGGUUCUGGUGGGAGACCCCUGGACAAAAUGUCCACCAGGCCCAGCUGAGGAGGGUUCCCCAAACCCCAAGGGGGAAAGUGAUUACUGUGGGACCAAGAGGCACCUCAUGUUGGGACAGCAAGGCCACAGUGCAUCGGGUCCUAGCCUGCCAAAGCAUUUAAACGCUUGUUCAGUCGUGAUCAGACCCAAUGGGACUCUUAUCAGAUUAAGCAGGAUCACGGCUGGGCUGGACUUGGGCCUCAGUCAAGCCUGGCAGUUGCCCUGCAGGUCCAUAGGCCCCUCCGACACUCUUCCUGCAGGCUGGGCAAUUUCUGGCCCAUAACAUGAGCUAAAUCCCACACGAAAAGGUGCAUUUUUCCUGUGGAAGAAAAGCAAGGAGAAAACAAAACUGCAGCCCACCCCAGCCCUGGGUCCAGGCAGGGAACAAGGAGGCUUCUAGGCCUUCACUGACAGCAUUCCCAUCAAAGCAUACCCACAGAGACUUCACUUCUUAUGUACUUCAUGAAUAAGCUUAUUCUUGUAGGCAUAUAUUUUUAACACAAUGCUCAAAAGCCCUGUUAAAAUAAGUCAAAAUUCAUGGUGUGCCAUGAAGAGGAGGAACUCGCAUUUCCUGCACUGACUGCAUUUCUCCAUCUGUAAACACAAACCCCGCAGGGUUGUUUGUUUAUCCUGUGAAGCUGGGAGUGGGCGUCUUUCCUGUCCCGCCACCCAUUUUCUGCAGUCGCAUGAAAGCAGCAGCAGCCCCAGCCCAGACCUGCCACUUUGGCAGCAAAACAUGUGAGUGCUGCUCCCCUGCUCAGGGACUGUUCCGACCAGGACCAAAACGAUCCAAAGAAAACAUACUAAGAAGAUAUUAGUUUGUUUGUUUUCUACUAAAAAGCACAGGACACUACAUAUCAACAAUGGCGAGGGGUGAACUGGUGUCUUUCCAGCUUAGGGAAGGCCUUUGAACCCACACAAGUUAUUUAUAGAGUGUUUUAGGAAACAGCACACUCCCAUUUCUGCAGUUUUAAUGACAGGAGCAGCUUGGGUUUUGUCACAAAUAAAGCAGCCCCCUGCGUGAUUGACUGGGGUUCAUCCCACAUCCCUUAUAAAGCAGAGAAGCAGAACUGAGGAUUAGGGAAAAUUGGGGCAAAGCCAAGUCAUAAUAUUUGUUGUGCAAGUAAUUUUCAAAAUGCUUUUUGCCUAAACUCUACUUCUUUAUUAGGCUCUAAGACAGACAGUGAGGGCACUUCAAGGAAUUAUAGAGGGUGACUUGUUAUCGUCGACGGCAGGACCUCAUCCAUGCUUCAGGCUGCCUCACCAUCCAUCCCUGAGAGCUCUUAAAAGGGAGGCAUUAGGGGCAAUACCAUGAAAAUAGGAAGGGUUAUGUUAUGGACAGACCUCACUGACCCACCCAACACAUUCUUAAAGAGAUCAAGUAUUCCCCUCAAAGGAUCUAGUCUAUUAAAAUAAGUAGGAAUGAGUCCUUUCAAGGAAGUUUGAGAACAAAAUGUAUGUUGACAACAGCUUUCUUAUCCGCUUGUUGAAUAGGCUCUAGUGAUCUUGUAGGCUGUCCUGUGUUUCCAGAGACUUGUAUCUGGAGGUGCAACCCUCUAACUAUACUCCUGAGGCACAGCAUAACUCCAAAAAGACUUAUGCAACAACUUAAACAUACCUUACUUGACAGCACAAAUUAAAUUAAAAACAAACCAUCUGCAUUUUGUGCUUAUUUUCAUAGCUGGCAUAGCUUUCAUGAUGCACAUCAUCCUGUUUUACCAAGAUAACUUCUGUUCCAGCCUGAGAGACAUUUCAACUGCUUUUCCCCAAUUUACUGGGAGUCCCUUCAGUGGGCUCCUACUCACAUUCCCUCUGAGCAGGAGCCCAUGUCAGACUGUUGCAGUCCUGACUAACCAGGUGCAGUUGUAACUGGAAAAAGAUAAAAAUCAAAGUCACUUGGAUGUCACGUCCAGAAAAAAAACAUUUCCAUAAGCCACAAGUUGAAGCUGUCAGACCAGUGUGAGCACUAGCAUCAAUUUUGGGGCAAAAAUCACCCCUGUGCUUUGGGAAGAAUAGAUUCAUGAGCAGGAGGUCCAUGUGAGCACUGUUUUUGCUCAAGUGAGGGCUCCAUUCACCUCAUUUUCCUUUGAGGUAUAAUGAAGCAACAGCUCUGUCCUGGGUAUUCUCCAUGUACCAACUAUCACAACAACCCACAUUCUGGAUGCUUCUACAGAAGAGUCUCUGCUUACAGUCACCAGAAGCUGAAGGCUGAUGAGGUGGCCACCUUGGAAGCAAUGAGACAACCAACUCUGUGCUUCACAUUGUUUGAACAUUUAUUGCAAUUCAGUGUCAAAAAUGUUUUACAAAAAUACAUUACUGUCUGCACAGAACAGCUGUAAAAAUCAGAGUUGAACAUGCAAGGGAAGAAAAAAAAAGUGUGCAAAUUUAUAAUGGAAGGAUUUUAACCACACAAUAAUAUUAAAAAGUCUUAAUGUACAAGGGAUGUCCUUCACUUCAUAUCAUCUCUAGUUACAACUUUAAGGAUAAAUAAAACAGAACACACGCUCUCUUCCAUAUAUAAGUAGGUAUUUAUAAUUACUGUAGAUUAGUUCCUAAAGAUGAGCAUAUUUGCUAUUUCAAAUUAAGGUGUUCUCUUGGUAGCAGACCUGUUAGCAUGCUGUGCAGCACACGAUGGCUGAAGAAAUGCAGGUUCCACCCUCAGUUGCCCUCCCAGGAGGGGAAGAAGCAAUGCUUGGUCAAUGGAGGGGGAAUCUCUCUGGUGUUCAAGGUGUGAAUAUACUAAGAGACUGCAUGUGUCAAGGACAAGAAGGAUUUGUUCUCCCUAGGGCCAGAUCCUGCAAAGCUGAUUUGCUACCGACUAAAUCACUGGAAGAAGACAUGGGGUAGAAAUCAGGUGCCAGUAAAGACACUCACGCAGCCCAGCAGCCAUGGCUGACCAUGUCUUCAGAGCCUUUAACGAGCAUCGUUACAAGCAAUGAGCCAAGAAAAGCAGCACAAGCAGAACACCAGAGUCCCAAAUCUUGUAACAGGGAGUCUUUAUCAACCUGAUCAGCCAUCAGCUCCACAUGGUCUGUUUUUGCAAACAGGCCAGCUAGAAAGAGUGGCAUUUUAAUUUAAAGCUAUGUCUUUCUGGCAAGGUGCCGAUCUAUGGGGAAGCGGUGCAAUGGGUUUGUAAAAACUGCAGAGGAUGACGCUGGUGUAGUCUAACGAGCAGGAGAUAAGCAUGAAACAGCACAUCUGAUUUAUUAGCUACAUAACAGAAUUUGAAAUGUUCCUGCUCUGAAUCAAAUUUUAGCUACCAAGGGCCAAGGAAUUUUCUGGGCAGGAAAAGCUGGUUUAGUACCUGCCUAUGUUCUAGAAGGUGACAGCUUCACAAGAGUAACUGAAGUCAAACAGAAACGGGAACACAAAUGGUUCAAAACCUGGGGGCAAAGAAAAAUAAUAAUAAAGAUACU